AUGCCUGCAGUCUCCAAUGUCUUUGUCGCAGCCAGGGCCGUGGCAGAACUGACAAACGAAACCAGCGAUCCAUUACAGGUUAUUUGUGCCUGGCCCGUCUCUGGCCAAUACGGCACUGGCACCCGUGUUCUAUACUAUGUCCUCAUCGCCGCGUGUCUUGUUGCGCGGAGGGAAGAAUGGCUAGUCAAUCCCUGUUUAGCUGCGGCGUUGGUUCUACCAGCUGUUGCUGCCAUUCAUGGUAUCGUCUUGGUAGCGAUGCAUAAUCCCGAUGCUGUUGAUAUGGACAUUUUUGGAGCCUUUCAGCUAUGCGCAAUUGGUAUUCUCGCCGCGCCAGUGACAGUCAUGAUGUCAAAAACCUAUUUCAAUGACCCUGGAAGAAACACGAUUUUUCUGUGGACAUUUUUACUGUUGAUCGGCCUCUUGAGUAUGACCAUCGAGUUCUACCGCAUAGAAACCCACGACUGCACCAAAGAUGCCUUUGGAAACCCCGUGUCAAACAUCGCCUCCAACUUCACCUACAUCGACGGCAACAACUGCGGCCUUAUCUGCUCUACUCAAGAUGGCCCUAGAUCGCCCAUGAGAGGCGGAUCAGCCGACAAUAUAUACGUCAUCCCCGCGCCGCACACACUCACAUUCGGGGCUGCGACACUUCUUGGGGCUGCGUGCUGUGUGCAUGCUGUUCUAUGUUUGGUGUCUAUGUGGGACAGAGUGCUGGAGAUUAACUGGCGCCGACGAUUCGGACGGCAGGAGGAAGAGGAUACAGCUAGUGAAGAUGGAGAUGCUAACAAGGGCGUCAUGAAAACGGUCAACGAUACAAUUGGAUUCUUUUUGAGAAUUCUGGCUGUUCCUGUCUUUGGAGGCGCUGGGUUGGCAAUUUUGAUAGUGGGGGAGAUUAAUUUCUUCAGUCCUCAGGUGGAAUACCAAACGGAACCCAUGGCAAAUAUUGGACAAUGGGCUCCCGUUACAGGUACCGCGAUGGCCAUGAUCGGAUCACUGUAUCUUCUGCUCGCCCGACAUGCCGAAGAAGCAGGCGAUCCGUACGCACCUCACCAAUGCAAUUGUCCUCACUGUCAUAUCGACAACAGUGCACGGCACAGUCAAAUAUCGCAUCAUGCCAAAACUCACGCAACAGUGGCAACCAGCCAACUCUCACCAAACACAGACCUCACACGUCCUCGGUCAUUGAUAUCUCUACAACAUCGAGAACCAUCACUAGAAGGACACCAGAGUCUUAACUUCCCAACAAGAAAUCCCUACAGACAAAGGAUUGAGAACGCAUUCUUUCGAUUCGGCGAGAUAAUCGGAACUCCGCCUCAUGACUAUAUCACAGAACCGAAAGUUCGAAAGUCAGACCGUGUUGAUAUACCAAUGAUACCAGGAGAGCGAUACAGAAAUGAACGUGUAUCGGCGGUGGAAAGGGAAAGAGAUCAGCAUCAGGAUCUCGAGGAGGAGGCUCCUUCAAUGAGAUCAAGAUCCAGCAGCUUUCGUGCUAGUGACACACUUACCAAGACCCAGCCUAAACUACAGAUAUGGGUUUAG